AUGUCAUCGCGGUACCGUUUCCAUGGUAACAUAUCUUACUUGACUUGCAACGCCUCCCUGGUCGGUCCAGUCAUCAGUCUCACCAGCACCAUCAUCACUGUUUGCGCAGUCACAACGACUAUGACUGCAGUCGUCAUUACAGCCACCAGCCAUGUCGAAUUCACUAUGAUGACCGCAGCCACUAUCCUCAGCAGUGUACCCAUAUUUUUCCUCGUGUGGGUGUGCCGUUUACCUCCUAUUUCCAAGCCUGGCUUCUUUCUGUGUCACGCCAUCCCGUUUAUAAUCACUUCUCUCUUUUCUCGAUUCUGUCCAUCUCUCUUUGUUCUUUCGUAUCUGUUUAAUUUACACCUCUCUCUCUCCAUUUUUAUUCUAUUCUACUCACUUAUAAGAUUUCUCUCCGUUUCAGUCGUUCACUUGCUUGUUCAAUCAUUCAGUCACCUACUCAUAUCGCCAUUAACUUGGGACAUUUGUCAAACUAGCCAGUCAAGUCACUCAGCAAAAAGAAUUACUCGCCAGUCAGUUAACCACAGGCCUAAUCUUCAGUAUUGUUUGAAAAUGCGUUGGUCUUAG